AUGGUCUCAGUAAGUGAUCGAGAAGUGUUGACUGUUGGCAAUGACUCACUGAGGGCGUCAGCAAGUGUGUCGCUGGCAGGUACCUACACAAGUGUAGUGCUUCCCUUUAAGGACAAUGCCUUGGGGGCCUUGGCCUUUGAGGAGGGAGGGGAGUCUGAGAGCAGCGAGGGCUCCAGUUCUGCUUCCUGCCCCAGCCCCUGGUCUCAAGAUGCAGGGGCCAGUGUGGGCUCCGGGCCUGGGGAUGAGGAUGGGAGCCUUCUGCGCCUCUAUCUUACCUCUACAGCAGGCACUGAGGAGAAGCCUAAUGGGGGCCAGACCCCCAGGUUGCCGGACUUCAGAUCCAGGCUCCCCAGCAACUUCUCGCCAACCCUGGAGGAGAUCGAGGAGUUCCUGAAGGAGAAGAUGGAGUUGGUCAAGGACGGCCUCUUAGACCCCGGCGACCAGGCGGAGGCCGGCCCCCCCGCGGAUCCCCCCGCCCCCGGCAGAAUCGACUCGCCAGAGGCCGUCUCCGCCCCGGCGGCCCCCACGUCGCAGAGCGCGGGCCCGCCCCCUACCUCAGCCCCCCCGGUCCUCGUGGGCGCCCCCUUGGUGCUCCAGCUGCAGCCUCUGCAGCUCGCCCCCCCGGCUGCCCAGCCCGUCCCCCCGGCGGGCGGCGGCGCGUUCCGGGUGGCCCACCUGGUGCUCGGCGGCCAGAACUUCACCCUGCUGCCGCAGGUGUCCCCCGCUGCGCUCGUGCCCGUGGUGGGGGGCGAGGCGGGCAGCCAGGACCAAAAGUACGUCAAGAUCGCACCCCUGCCCAUCACCGUGAGGGCUCUGGGGGUGCCGGGCGCCACCGGCCUUGUCAAAGCUAUCCCCCCGCGGGCCGCCAAAGCGCCGUCCGAGAUGCAACGCGUGCACAAGUGUUCCCAUCCAGGCUGUGAGAAGAUGUACACCAAGAGCAGCCACCUCAAAGCGCACUUCCGCCGGCACACCGGGGAGAAGCCGUACACCUGUGCUUGGCCCGACUGUGGCUGGAGGUUCUCCCGCUCUGACGAGCUCUCCCGCCACCGUCGCUCCCACUCCGGUGUAAAACCCUACAAGUGCCCGAUGUGCGACAAGAAGUUCGCCCGGAGCGACCACCUGUCCAAGCACACCAAGGUGCACCGGAGCCCGAGAGCUGGCAGGCUGAUCCGUGCCAGCUGCUGACUCGCCCGCUGCCCCCGCCCGAGCCUGCCCUGGCCGCGGAGCACUACCAACGCACGGAUUUCUAAAGGGCUCGCUGACUCUCUUCUGCCACCAUUUUUUCCCUUACAUGCAGAUUAUACAGUCUUUUAUUUCUCUUGUCUAGUCUUGGUGCUUCAGUAUGCUUGCUCUUGUCCGUUAAUAGCCAGGGCAGGGCGGUCUACUGUUACAAUGCCUGUUUCUCAGAACUCAUUUUACUGGCCUUGUGACUAUCCACGUCAUACUGCUGUUUCCACUGGCUGUUGUAAUCCUGAAGUGAGGCGCAACCAUUCUCGUAUUAGAACUGAAGGUGUGUCUCACUGAGCAAGUGGCUCAGCUGUUUUUUGUGAAUGUCCCUUUUGCAUAGAACUUCAAAUCCGUGUCCUACAUUGGUCUACCAUCAUGUCAUCAGUAAUGCCUCAGAGCAUUGGAAAAGCCAGAAAAAAGCUAUACAUUUAUACUUGAAAAAGGCAGCUGAUCUUUAAGCUAUCCAUUGUUAUUUAACCAAGUAUAAAUAGGUUUUACAAAUAUGUCAAAGCCUUAAGCUAUGGUCCAGAUUCAAACUAACAGCAAUGCGCUUUGUCCUAACCCAAAGUGGCGACUUUUCACGUUACUUUUUUAUUUCCUACAUAAUUUUUAUAAUUUUCAGCAACCAUCAAGCUAAGAAUGCUGUGUAAGAAGUGAGACAGUAUAAGAAGCACUUAAGUGUGUUAUUCAAAGCUAAGGACAAAGUGCAUUGCACUUAGAUUUAAUUUCGGCCCAGGACAGAUACUGGACACAAAAGAGAAUGAACAACAUGGAUUGUUUUUCCCCAAAGGGAAGAAUUCGCGUCUAACACACAGAAUGUGUUUGAGUUGUACGUCAUUGUUAUCAUUAUUACUGUUUUUUGGGUCAUUCUAAAACUGCCACCUGAGAGAAAAGAACCAGCGUUCUGUACAUGUAAUUAAAAGUUGUUCUUGCUUGGGUAAAGAAAGAGAAACCUGUACGGGAUGUGGUGACAGUGGUAGAAUUGUGUUGGUCCUUGACUGUCAUUGGGCUGGAGGUGUUGGAAGCUAAAUAUUGCCAUUUCUAAGCUAUGUGUGGCCAUUUUUAAGACUGGAUUUCAGCUCCAGUCUAUGUGGUGAUAAUAAGAUCACAUGUAAGAUAAAUGUCAGAUAAGUUAAUAGCACUUUGCUUCCCAGUCCCAAACGUCUCAUAUAAUCCAAAGGUUAGACAGAGACAGAAUUUGGAGAUCUCUUUAAGUGGGGGUGGGUGGGGGAAUCAGUAAAUUUUGGGCAAUCCAUGAUGCUCAUGGAAGUGCAGGAUCAACCAAACUCUCGGAUAAUCUGGACAUUCACUCCAGCGCCACUGAGGAAGCUGUUGUGCUGGAGUGGCUGCAUGUGAGGACGAUGCAUUCAGCCGUGAAUGGUAAAUCCCCUGGAAUACUUGCACCCGGAAAAAGACUGUUUUUCCCCCCUUUAUGUUGGCUCCAUCGCGCCGACUUGGACAUGUAAAUAAGUCGUGUUGCCUUUUACAUAAACCAUGUAUUAUCACAGUCAUCAAUGAAGCCAUCCAAACUAUAGGUUAUAUAUUUUUGAGUAACAGAAAAAUACACUAUUUUCCUAUGUAUGUGACAGUA